UCAGGCCGGAGCCCCAGCCCGUCCACGCGCGGGAGCCCGUGCACGCGGCCUGCGGAGAAGACGAACGCGGGGUGGAGGUUCCUGUGGGGGGCCCGGUCCCAGCUCAGCGCGUCGUCGGAUCCCCACUUGCUCCCCCGCUGCCCGCGACCCCCCGUUCGAAGAGGUGUUAGGGAGACCCGACCGGGAAGGGCAGGCGACGGGGUCUCUUAACCAUCCCUGCAAGUUCUGGGCUCCAAAUUUGUAACUAAGGCUGCUGACUCUACCUUGACCUUGUUCUGCCCCUGGCUGCAGCAGCCUUUGAGAGAAUGUCUUUGUGGCUCUAGCAUGAGACUUCAAGCAGUUGGCUCACUACUGGAAAAAUAAAGGAUACUGCCAGACUGACCUUCCUGUCUGUAGCAAUGUUCUCCCCGUGCAAGAGGAUGACCAGUUCUUCACGCUCCCAAAUCCUUCUAAUGUGGAAGCCAGACAAGGUUCAGAGUGGACCCCACAAUGUGGAGAAGGAAACGCAUGCUUUGAGACUCUUGCGUGACACUGAGACCUGUCGACAGAAUUUUCGAAAUUUCCCAUAUCCAGACAUAGCUGGUCCUCGAAAGGCAUUGAAUCAACUCCGAGAGCUCUGCCUUAAAUGGUUAAGACCUGAGAUUCGCUCCAAGGAACAAAUCUUGGAGCUGCUGGUGCUAGAGCAGUUCCUGACCAUCCUGCCUGGGGAGGUUAGGACGUGGGUGAAGUCCCAGUACCCAGAGAGCAGUGAGGAAGUGGUGACUCUGGUGGAGGAUUUGACUCAGAUUCUAGAAGAGGAAGCUGCUCCUCAGCAUUCUGCCCUUCCCCAAGAGACCCCAGAGGAAGACCCCAAAGGAAGACCUGCUUUGCAGGCAGGAUGGUUAAAUGACUUGGUGACCAAAGAAUCAAUGACAUUCAAAGAUGUGGCUGUGGAUAUCACCCAGGAGGACUGGGAGAUCAUGCGUCCUGUACAGAAGGAAUUGUACAAGACUGUGACAUUACAGAACUACUGGAACAUGGUUUCUCUGGGACUGACCGUGUACCGACCAACUGUGAUUCCCAUGUUGGAAGAACCAUGGAUGGUGAUAAAAGAAAUCUUAGAAGGCCCUAGUCCAGAAUGGAAAACAGAAGCCCAAGAGUGUACUCCAGUUACAGAUACUUCUAAGUUCACAAAGACUGGUACUCAGACCAUCAAGUUGGAGGAACCAUAUGACUACGAUGACAGAUUAGAGAGGCAAGCAGCAGAUACCUUCAGGAAAAUUCCCACCAGCGGAAGAAACUCCCCUUUGAAGUCCGUCCUCUCACAAGAAGAUGACCCUAUGGAGGAGUGUCUUAGUAAAUAUGAUAUAUAUAGAAAUAGUUUUGAAAAGCAUUCAAACCUAAUUAUUCAGUUUGGUACCCAAUCAGAUAAUAAAACUAUGUAUGAUGAAGGCAGGGCAACCUUCAAUCAUGUCUCAUAUGGUAUUGUACAUAGAAAGAUAUACCCUGGAGAGAAGCCUUAUAAGUGUAACGUGUGUGGGAAAAAGUUUAGGAAGAACCCGUCCUUCGUGAAACACCAAAGUACCCAUGCCAAAGAAAAAUCUCAUGAAUGUGAAGAAUGUGGGAAAGAGUUUAGGCAUAUCUCAUCCCUUAUUGCACAUCAGAGAAUGCAUACUGGAGAAAAACCAUAUGAAUGCCACCAGUGUGGUAAAGCCUUCAGCCAGCGUGCACACCUUACCAUACAUCAGAGAAUUCAUACUGGAGAGAAACCCUAUAAGUGUGAUGACUGCGGAAAAGACUUCAGUCAGCGUGCACACCUGACUAUACAUCAAAGGACACAUACUGGAGAGAAACCAUAUAAAUGCUUGGAAUGUGGUAAAACCUUCAGCCACAGUUCAUCACUGAUUAAUCAUCAGCGAGUUCACACCGGUGAAAAACCUUAUAUAUGCAACGAGUGUGGGAAAACUUUCAGUCAGAGUACACACCUUCUUCAGCAUCAAAAAAUACAUACCGGAAAGAAACCGUAUAAAUGCAAUGAGUGUUGGAAAGUGUUUAGUCAGAGUACUUACCUUAUUCGACAUCAGAGAAUUCAUUCCGGGGAGAAGUGUUAUAAAUGUAAUGAAUGUGGAAAAGCCUUUGCUCAUUCCUCAACUCUCAUUCAACAUCAGACUACUCACACUGGAGAGAAAUCCUAUAUAUGUAAGAUAUGCGGAAAAGCCUUCAGCCAGAGUGCAAACCUCACUCAACACCAUAGAACACAUACUGGGGAGAAACCAUAUAAAUGCAGCGUGUGUGGAAAAGCAUUCAGCCAGAGCGUACAUCUUACUCAGCAUCAAAGAAUUCAUAAUGGAGAAAAACCCUUCAAAUGCAAUAUAUGUGGGAAAGCAUAUAGACAGGGUGCCAAUCUCACUCAACAUCAGAGGAUUCAUACUGGAGAGAAGCCGUAUAAAUGUAAUGAAUGUGGGAAAGCUUUUAUUUAUUCCUCGUCACUUAAUCAACAUCAGAGAACUCAUACUGGAGAACGGCCCUAUAAGUGUAAUGAAUGUGAUAAAGAUUUUAGCCAGCGAACAUGCCUUAUUCAACACCAGAGAAUUCACACAGGAGAGAAGCCCUAUGCAUGCCGUAUAUGUGGUAAAACCUUCACCCAGAGUACGAACCUCAUUCAGCAUCAGCGUGUUCAUACUGGUGCCAGACAUCAUAAUUAAUGGAUAUGGCAGAUGACUUGACUUAGGUUUUACAGUUCACCCGAAUUUUAUUUUGUGCUCCGUUAAAACAUUAUUCAAAAGAAGUGCAAUAUAUGUUAGAUAUCAGCAGAAGUAUCAAAAGAAGUAUCAGAAUUAGUAAUGUGGAUAUAAGCUAUUUAAAUUUAAUGUGAAAUUUAAAAAGAAAACUUUAUUCACUUCUUAACCUUUAUUUGAUACUAGUUCAAUUCAUUCCAGAGAGAAACCCAGUCUGUAACUCAUCAACUCUUAGUGUAUUUGAAGUACUUCUUAAUGAGACCUUAUGAAUGUAACUUGGGAGAGCUUCCAUCAAGUAGGGAUUUCACACUAGCAGGGAAUCUUGGGAUAAUUGAAAAAGCUGCUUUAAGGCCUUUAUUACUUCCCAGCUUUGAAGCCUUAAAUACAUAAGGGGUUCCCUUCCCUUUUCCUAUUAAUGCCAUAACUGCCAUGUGGAGCCAGUAGGUUUGCAAAAUAUAUACAGUGGAAGGUAUCUUAAUUUCUAUGUGACAACUGUGUAAUUACAUUUUCCUUUACUGAAAUAUUCAAGGAAGAGAAGCUUAAUGAAACAUGAUCUGUUAGGAUAACUAAUGUAUAUAUAACCUUUAGACGUGUACAAAUAAACAGGCAAAAAUUAAACACCCAUCCUUAAAUUCACCUUUAAAACAUAUUAGCCUUAGUUUCACUAGGUUUUGACAUCUGUCAUCCUAAAGGAAAAAAUAAGAAAGUUACCUUUUUUUUUUCACCUGACUCCUAAACUCAUAACUUGAGGUUCCCCUGUGGCUAUUUUGCCAUAGAAAGCCCAUUUCCAUUGAGACCCAUUUCUCGAGUGCCUACUGUGCUCAGGGCCCAGACUUCCCAACUGGAUCUUCACAGGGCUUGUGCUGAAAACCACAGCUGAUUUAACAACAGAAAGCUUACUAAAGUAGUGAAAUGUGACAAAGGACAUGGUCUUAACUAUUAAGUACUGUCACAGAAUGACAUAGGAAGCGUACUAAAAUGGGUCGCCAAAUGCAAUCCCAUAUCCCAAGACAAAGCAGUAGUGAAAGCAGCUAUUUACAUAGUGUGAGGGAAAAACAAGUCACGGAAAAUAGAUUUAAGUUCACUACAGAAAGUGGGUCAGGGAAAAAAUCAAGGGUGAAAACUUAGCAGUGAAGAAAGAAUACACAGGUAACUUACAAUAUGAACUAUUGUCGGACUUGGGUUACCUAAGAAAGUAAGAGUGGCUAAUUAAGACCAAAUUCAGCCUGUUUAGAAGAAAGAACUAAAAAUGAAGCAACUGAUUUUAAAAGAAUAAUUGGAAUUGGUUCUUUUUCAUACAUGUAAGGAAAAUAGGGAUUACUCUUAAAAUGUCAAAACAUUUACUGGAAAAAGCAUUGAUGCAGAAACUGUCAUUGAUGCAACAAUCACUAGACAAUAUUAACUAAGUUUGUGGGGUCCUGAACAUAAAAGGAAAACAGAAAUGCAAAUAGAAACAGGUAAAGAUACUAUUGUGCUUAAUAUCCACAGCAUUCCACGAUCAGAAUAGAAGACCAUAUUCUGAGAGCUGAGAUUUCAUCUUGCUCUUAAUUGUUUCUUCAGUGCCUUGCGUGUAGGUUGUGGUCGAUCUGUGUCGGUUGAAUUAAUAAGUAGGUAAGUUAGAAUUGAGUAAUAAGGUAUAAUUAACGGAUAUGGAGUGAAGGUGGUUGAAUUUAAAAUACUUUUGUGCACACAUGCAAAGAAAUACUUAAAUACUGGUCAUUCGCUGGGUAAGAGGAACUACUUAAAAUUGAAGAAUCAGAAUUCUUAACAGUGGGGAUAUUCCUAAAGAAAUCGUGGGACGUCAUUGCACAGGAAGUUUUCCUGAGCUAGAUGAAGAAAAACUGAUCUAAAUUCUGGUGCCAUAAAUACCAUUUUAAGCAUAUGAUUGACCAUUGCAGUCUCGUUUGGAUGUUACUGUUGAUAGCAAACGUCCUGCAGACAGGUGCCGAAGGAAAGACCUGGGGUGCUAGCAUCUUCGAGGCUUUCUUGUUGAGUGUUUUCUUCAAGAAGCUACCGCUUUCCCUUGUCUUCACCUCAGUUAACCCUGAUGUCAUGGACUCCUCCUUCACAAAGUGUAGAUUGUCUUCAGGUUGCAGAAUACUCGAGUUAGGCUUAUGCCAUAGUUACCAUGUUAGAAAUAACCGUUGUACUUAAGAUGCAAUUUUUAUUUAUAAUGCCACUUCAAAUCUUACACAACACUUUUUCCCCUCCUGGCAUGAAUGUGUGGAGUAUUGCAGUCCAUAGCGCCUUUUUUCGCUUUAAUUUGUAUUUCCUGCCUUUGUUUUAUGUAAAUAAUGCAUUUAUAAAGUCUUCCACUGAUACGCUGAGGCAAUGGAUGCCCUUAGACAGUAACAGAAUAGUGGAGAAUCACGGAUCUUUGUGUAUUUUUCCCACUUUUUACAGUUGUCUGAUCCACAUGUAAUUCAAGUUUUUUGGUUUUUUUUUUUUUUAGCAGAUAGUCUUAUUUUCCACAACUUUUUAUUACAAAGAUGUUGAAAUAUACAGAAAAGUUAAUAAAAUGAACGGUAUAUCUACCACCUAGCUUUAAAAUUUUAACAUUUUUUACUGAACGACUGGAAAGUUACUUAGACGUGACAUGUCACCCCUAAAUACUUCAGCAUGCAUCUCAUAAAAAUAAGGACUUUCACAUUACCACAUACAUUACAUACCUUGAAAAAUGAGUAAGAAUUCUCUAAUCUUUAAUGUUUCAUGUUUAAAUUUUCCCUGCUGAUCCCAACAAGUUUCACACAUUAUGUUCAAUUACUAUGUCUGUUUCAUCUGUCCAGGUGUCUCCACUUCUGAUUUUCUCUAGGACUUUUUUUUUUUUCUUUUUUAAUAGAGCAGGUCAGUUGUAGAAUGUCUCACAUUCAGGAUUUAACGGAUUGUUUACAUGUGGUUUAUCUUGUUCCUGUCCCCCCUGUGGCUUCUGUAAAUUAGUAUUUAUGGCCAAAGCCUUGAUUGGAUUCAGGUUAAAUAUACAUGUUUAAUAUUAACACUUCA